UCAUUCGGUCUUGAAGUUCCAGGCAUUCCUUAUAUCUUGGGAUGGUCUUUGUCCAAUACCCGAUAUGCUGAGUUGACUGAAUGGUGUAGCUAAUUGCAUAUCGUGUUUAUAUAUGCAGUUGUAGACUAGGAUUGAUAUACAGUAAGCAGCAUUUUGCCGUUUUCUGAAUUUUACCAUAAUCUAAUACUAUAAACAGUUUUAACAAGUGUGGUUCCCAUUUACACUAACAGUGAUAACAGACAACGGUGGUGAUGAUGAUGAUAAUGAUGAUGAGAUAGAUUAUGAUGUGUUAUAAAAUAUGGACCUAUAACUCGAAUCAGUGAGCUGAAGGAAUUUUCAUUCAUGUGACGUAUGUGUUAGGUUGAAAUAAGUUUCCAUUUAAUCUACGGGACGAUAAUAGACCUUUUGUUGGGGUUUGAUAUAACGUGUAUUGUUCAUUUUGCUUCAUUUCUUACACAAAUUGAAAGAAAACACGAGGUGUCUUCAACUUUCUUAAGGCCACAUAAUUACCAAUUUGUUAUCAAUUGAUAUUGGAUAUUAUACUUGUGAUAAACUCGUUUAACAUCUAUCUAUAUCUAGUGUGCGAUAUAGUACGUCGAUUCUAAAGAUCUGUAUCUCUGUUGUGUGGGUAUCUAAGCAAGGAACUCUUGUACCUGUGUUACGCGUUCAUAAAGUUGGUGGCUUUUCUCACGCUCGAUUUUUGGUUCAUAUUCUGAGAUACUUUGAUUGAGAACAAUGUACGGUUGUACAAGUGAGUACAUGGCUAGUCUGGGACUGGUCACUUUACUGAGCCUCAUCUCGGUGGCUGUAGGAGGUCAUAAAGAGGGUGAUAUUAGACUGGUCGGUGGUCGACAUGACCAUGACGGUACUGUGGUCAUAUAUCACAAUAAGAAGUGGGGUGCUAUAUGUGAUGACGAGUGGGAUUUGAGAGAUGCUAGAGUCGCCUGUCAACAGCUGGGAUUUCCUGGUGCCAAAAGAGCUGCUAAAAGAAGUGAAUUUGGCCGAGGAAGAAGGAGAAUAUGGAUGUCUCGUGUAAGAUGCAGUGGAUUUGAGCAUCAACUACGAUACUGUAUGUUCUUCGGAUGGGGCCGUAUACGACAUCGCUGUCUCGGAGGUUGGCGUUCCGCUGGGGUAGUUUGUCUAAAGGGUGAUGGCGGGCAGCUCAAAACAACUACGCGUAAACCAAUAAAGCGAACAACACCGAAAGCUACAACCACUACUACCAGAACCACCACGACAAAAAAGCCCACUACCACGCGGAAACCACCAACGACCCCAAGAACGUUGUGGACCAUCUUUGGGCCAACUCCAUUUAAGCCAGUUAAGCCAGAGAAAUCCCCCGAAGAGAUGGCUUUAGAUGAUGCUGAGCACAACAAAAAAAUGAUGAGUUUAUUAGGUGGAGAAAGAGAUUAUUCAGUACAAGCUGAUGCUCCAUCACCGAGUGCUCUACAGUUACGUAUACAAGGCGGGCGAUAUUUCUGGGAGGGUCGUCUGGAGGUAAACAAAGGAGAUGGCGGAGGAUGGGGUGCUAUUUGUGGGGAGAAAUGGACUAUAAGAGAGGCUAUGGUAGCAUGCAGAGAACUCAAUCUUGAUCAUGGAAAACAAGCCUUACAGGUGAAUUAUUUUGGUGGUGAGAACUUAGAUAAAUAUUACAAUGAAAUAAGAUGCAGUGGUCGUGAGAAGAAAUUGGAAGAUUGUGAAAAGAUAGAAACAUCACAUAAUGUUGCUUGUUCUAAACCUAUUUUAGUAGCUGGUAUCGUCUGCUCAAAAUUCUUGCCUGAUUUAAUUCCAAAUCUUGAAGUGCUACAGUCAUCCGUUUUACUUCAAGAUCGACCACUAUAUUAUUUACAAUGUGCCUUAGAAGAGAAUUGUCUAUCAAGCUCAGCAGCUGUAGUUAGAAAUACCAGUAAAAAUUGGAUGUCAUCAUCACGUCGUCUUCUCAAAUUUUCAACAGUAGUACAUAAUCGUGGAUUAGCUGAUUUCAGACCGUAUAGAGCUAAAGGUCAAUGGCAAUGGCACCAAUGUCACAUGCAUUAUCACAGUAUGGAAGUAUUUGCUCAUUAUGAUAUAAUUGAUGAACAUGGUAAUAGAUUAGCAGAAGGUAGUAAAGCCAGUUUUUGUUUAGAAGAUUCUACCUGUGACCCUGGUGUAGAACCUCAGUAUGAUUGUACGGGUUAUGGUGACCAAGGUUUAUCUGUCAAUUGUUCCGAUAAUUAUAUGAAUGAUAUAGACUGUCAAUGGAUUGAUAUAACAGAUAUACCUAUUGGAAAGUAUAUAUUUAAGAUGGAAAUAAAUCCUACCAUAUUGGUGGCGGAGUUGGACUAUGAUAAUAACGUGGCUAUAUGUGAAAUAUGGUACUCCGGUUAUAAUGCCAAAAUGUACGACUGUAGAUAUGAGAGUUUGUUGUGAUCACGGGCAAAUCCAUAUUGAUAUAUAUAUAUACUUAUUGUUCAAAUAUACUUAAAUGUAUGAUUAUCUUAUGUUAAUGAACAAUUAAACUCCGUUAAUCUAUUUUGGUGUAUUUGAAAAAGUAAGGUCAGAAAAGCUAGCUUUAAAGGGUGCAGUCCAAGAUUUCACAGGACACAGUGAAUAAAUGUUAGUGUUAGUAUGUAAAGCAAACGUCAAAAAGUUCCCAAAAAAUUCAAAUCAUAAUAUUGAACUGUUCGAAAAUGAUCGCGAGAAUUGUUAACGUGGUUACGCGCCGUAUUUAAGUAAUUCCAUUCUUCGCGUCGAUUACUAACUCGAUAAAUCACUAUGGUCAGUUAUUAUUCUAACUGCGUUAAAUCUAUAGACAUGAUUAUCCAGGCAUUUACCCGAAGUGGAAUUUGGAGACUUCUGGUUAAUCCCACUUGAAAACUUAAAGUUUGUAUUCUUUAUGCGAAAGAUUAUUACAGAGUAGAGUAUCUGGGACUGCUCCUUUAAAGGGCCAUAAUGACAAAACUGUGUAAUGAUGGAGUUUUGUAGAUCUGUCAAUAUUAAUAUGAUUACCCAGACCACCGUCAUGUUGUUCGGAGAAAUAUUCGUGUGUGUGUGACAAAAAAUAAUAGUGUCAAUGAAAAAAAUAUUAAAACAAAAAGAGGUAAGACCCGAAGAACUUCGCUCUUGUAUUAUAAAUUGCGGGCUCUCUGUAUGCAGUAAUUAAACGGCUAUGAGACAAGAUUGUGCGAAGAGGUAUCUUGAAUGGGUUCAAUAUAAGCAGCAAAAUGUUAGAAAUUGGGUAUAAUCAAUGUCUAUUAUCUCCCUUUAAAUAUUGUAGAUGAAACAUAAACUACAGACUUUCGGAGUUUAAUUGGUCAUGAUAAGUGUUAUAUAAUAUUAAAGUUGUUAUGAUAGGCCAGAUGAUGUGCAUGUUGUAUUUGUAAACCUCUAUUGUUGUUCAAGUUUCUACACUGCCAAAGUAUUUUAUUAAUCACCUAUAAAUUGAAUGAAUGUGUGUUACCUUUAAUUAUUACAUUGGAUUAAUUUUGAUAAUCCCCGUAUUUAUUAUCUCCGCUUCGGAUGCAACGGAUAUUGGUGUGGACUUAAAAGCAUGUUUUUGGAAUUUAUGGCAACAGCUCUUCAGUCUGUUCGAAUAUACAAAGAUUUAAGGGAAAUGUUGUUUCAAUCCACCGUUAACAAUGUAGUUUCUAGUACUUCGUGGCGAGAACCAUUUUCCACUCAUCAAAGUCGACGCUUUAAUGUCCAGACUAGUUUUCGUUGCGGUCUAAACGGAAACAAUUAAGACUGCCAUGAUCGAGAUUAUAAUGGUGGAUACCAGGUUAAAAUUAUACACGCUUGUUUAUAUUGGUCUACACCAUUUUUACUGAUAUGUUAUGAUUUUGAAAUCAGUAAACUAAAAUGGACGAUUAUUUAAAGCAGAACCAUGGAUAAAAUUGUUAUGACUACAUGUAACUGAAGUCCCUUUUUCCAAAACUCUACAUACGCAUUCAGAUUAAGUAAUAUAUACCAAUAUUUUAUUGAUAAUCCAUUAAAUAAUAGCUGUUUAAUUUAUCUGAGAUAGCGUCAAGCUUUAGGGCAUACAAAUAUGACUUGGAAUAUGCAUUUUGGGAAAGAUAUCUUCAAUCUGUUCCUUCGUGAAAGCUCCCAGUUAAAGGAUUCUUGCAGAACUGCCUCUUGUGAUCUAUUACAAUUGGACGAAUUCCUACAGUGUUAAUGGUUGUCCGUUGAAUAUGUUUAUGGUUUCGUUUCAUUUGUGUAACAUAAAAAUUGAUUCACCUCUCUUUCCGACCUCGUGUGGAGAUUGUCUAGUAAGAAAACAUACAAAAUUAUACAUAAGGGAGUAUACAAUUCUAAUUAUUGAUUUCGCACAUAUGUACCGUACUAAUUGUAGUCGUGAACGAUGCAUGCAGUGCUUACUGUGUCUGGUGUCACUUCUCAUUUAUUAAAGACGCAUUAUGCAGGUCUUAAGUCUGCCUGUUGCAGAUAUUUUUCUGGCUUAAAAUCUUAUAUAAAUUAUCAUUUAGACAUUUAUUAUAUAACAAGACAUAAUCAACACCUGCGAUAAAAUGGAUAAUCGAGAUUAAGUCUCAAUUGUCAAGUACCGUUGCUACGAUAAGAAACCGAUACACGCUACAUCGUCAAACAGCCAUAACUUCGCCCAGAAUAAAGUAAAUUUAAAAGAAUAUAUUCAUUUUUCAUUAUCUAUUUUUGAACUAUUGUAGCAAGAACGACCAGCUCUUUAUCUAAAUUUUACAUAAUGCAUCUUUAAGGAAUCUCACAUAACUAAAACUAUUUGUUGUACUCUUUAAACCAUAGUAUAACAGAUUACUGAUUGUGUGUUAUACAUACUGUAAAUAUCCAGUUGUGUGUUCAUGUUGUAAUAAAUAUAACUCGUAUCUGAAUAUACAAAAUAUUAUUAUUAUAUUUUGACUAUAAAGGAAAAAUAUAUUGCAAAUUGUAUUGGUAAUUGUACGGCUUUUCAUUAUUAUGUAUGUAUUGGAUAGAGCGGGGUAUAAUGCUUUAUUUGUUAUAUUUCUAUUUUGUCAAAUCAGAUGUUAUUUCGAUUCGUUUUUCGUUUUAUUGUCUGUACUUUAUAUUCUACGAUACUUCAAUAUAAACAAAAACCAAAACCAUAAAAACGAAACGAAAUAAGGAUCCAAUAUUAAUUAAUUGUUAUAUUUGUGUAUGUAUAUAACUUUUAGUAAUAAAUUAUAUCUAAAACCCUUUUAAAA